UUCAGACAUCACUCACAACCUAAUUAAACCACGACGCAAGUUCACAACGUCCAGAGGGGCAGGCACGACUCUGGUCCUGCGUUGCAUCUAGAGGUUAGCUGAAGCUAAGAUUCGAGAGUCCUGGGAGGUAUUGGAGCGAUCUAAGCCCAACACGUCGUACCCGCAAGUACAGCAGCGACGCCUCUGGUCAGUCGAGCGAAGGGAUUGAAGAGGAGAACACGAUAGCAUCGAGCAGCGACUUCGCCACGCGGACACCCAGCACGCCCACCAGAAUGGGCCCUAUAAAAGAGAACUCUUCCAAGCGAAAGGCGACGGAAGAACCAAACACCCCCUCCGACAGAAAGAGAAUCAAGACAAGCAGCGACUCGCCAGAGCCAACGCCGAAGAUAAGCAAGGCUCCAGCAAUUCCUUUCCCUGAGAAGCCCGCAGUUAUCGAGGAACGAAAUGGCGAGAUCGAAUUCCGCGUGGUCAACAAUGACAACCAACGAGAGAGUCUUAUUAUCCUUACAGGGCUCAAAUGUAUCUUUCAGAAGCAGCUUCCCAAGAUGCCCAAGGACUAUAUAGCCCGCCUGGUGUACGAUCGCACACAUUUGUCAAUGGCUAUUGUCAAAAAGCCCCUUGAGGUCGUUGGAGGAAUCACAUACCGCCCCUUCAAAGGUCGCAAGUUCGCUGAGAUCGUCUUCUGUGCCAUUUCCUCUGACCAGCAGGUCAAGGGCUAUGGAGCACAUCUCAUGUCCCACUUGAAAGAUUAUGUCAAAGCAACUUCCGACGUUAUGCAUUUCCUUACCUAUGCUGACAACUAUGCCAUCGGGUACUUCAAGAAACAAGGCUUCACCAAGGAUAUCACUCUCGACAAACCAGUUUGGAUGGGCUAUAUUAAGGAUUAUGAGGGCGGAACAAUAAUGCAAUGUUCGAUGCUCCCACGAGUGAGGUAUCUUGAGAUGGGCCGCAUGUUACUCAAGCAGAAGGAAGCCGUACACGCCAAGAUUCGGGCUUUCAGCAAGAGUCACCAAGUCCACCAACCACCAAGGGAGUGGAAGAAUGGCAUCUGCAAGAUCGAUCCGAUGUCUAUUCCAGCUAUUCGAGCAUCUGGCUGGUCCCGUGAUAUGGACGAGCUGGCUAGACAGCCUCGUCAUGGCCCUAACUACAGCCAACUUCUACACCUCUUAAACGAUAUGCAAAAUCACCAAUCCUCCUGGCCCUUCUUGACGCCCGUUAACAAGGACGAUGUGGCCGACUACUACGAAGUGAUCAAGGAACCCAUGGAUCUGUCCACCAUGGAGGUCAAGCUAGAAGCCGACAAUUACGCAACACCUGAAGACUUCAUCAGGGAUGCGAAGCUGAUCUUCGACAACUGCAGAAAGUACAAUAAUGAUACUACACCGUAUGCCAAGUGUGCCAACAAGUUGGAGAAGUACAUGUGGCAGCAGAUCAAGACCAUCCCCGAAUGGUCACAUUUGGAAUCUUAGAAGGACGGUAGAGGGAGAUGAUGGCGAUUUAGAGUUUUCGGCUUAUAUGGGAAUGGCGUUUGGCCGGGAACAUCUUUGGUUGGGUGGAAUUCACGUGGCGUUGGAGGGUUAGUCUGGCAUGGCGGUGAGCGGUAGGCGUUUAAUCCUCUGAAUGUAAAUGCCCUUCGCAAGACUCUCAACUGCUUUCCUGUG